AAAAAGGGAUCCGCUCCCUGUGAAACUAGCCGGAAAGCUGAGACUCACUGGGAAUCCUUUUUUCUCAAACCGUUCCGUUGGAAUCUGUUCAUCCACCUCCUAAUCUGAUCAUCUUAUUCGCCUAUUCACCAUGUCUAAAAAAGCCGGAGUCAACAAUGUGUCUUGCGCAAGUGGCUUUUCCCUGGCCAGGGAAACUGGAUCUGUCACGGGUAGAAGCAGCCAGAGUGAUCGUCUUAUAAAAGACAUACACAUCCUUCUCUCAAGCGUGCCGUCCUCCCGCGCACAAAAGAAACCCACCUGUCAACCCCGUCCCCCUCCCCGAUGCGGAGAGCGAGUGCAAGUCAACCAGGGGGCUUCAAGGAACCCACCUAUGCCCUCUCGCCCGCGUCAACCUCGUCAUCAAACCCCUCCUCAAAAAGCCUCUCCUCAGCCCUCUCCCCGCCCCGUCAAACCCGCUCCCAAUUCCAGAGUAACGCGGCAUUCUGCCACGAUCCCACGUCGUAAAAACGACGGGGACGUGGAGAUGACCGACGCUCCUGGCACUAAGCCCAAACGCCCCCGUCGGAAUAGCAUGCCGCGGGGUGCCCCUGCAAUCAGGGUGGUAGAUGUGGAGAUGCAAGACGCGCCUCCACUGCCCAUUGUGGACGAGGUUUUGCCCGUCCCAAGCUACCUACCCCAUUGCGUUUCUCUCACUUACUACCAUGGGUGGGACAUCGGCACCGACGAAAACGUCGAGAUGACCGAUGCGCUCCCGCUCAUGGAGUAGUGAAUCCGCCCUCAUCAUACCUCUCGGCAGCCACCGAUACAUGGCUGAC